AUGCAUGUAUGGAUUCAAUAUCCAAAUGUUGGCAUUGGCAUUGUGCACCGGCAUUGUUAUCCAUCCAGUUAUUAAACACUUGUUUGUUCCUCAGGUAUCUAAAGAGCCUCCCACAGGGGCUGGGGCAGGUGGAGCUGUGACAGCUGCCACUUUGCCCUGGUUCAUCCUGAUGGAUGAGAUGUUGGGGCAGAGGCCAUCAAUGCCCCCCCCCCCCCCCCAGUUCUCAUCGCCUCGCUCCCAGAGGACAAACCAGGGCCAAGUGGCACUGCACCUGCCAGGCGGUGGCAGCAGCAGCAGAAGGAUGAGAAGAAGAGAGAGGAAGAGGAGGAGGUGUGCGAGGAGGAGAAGGAAGAAGACGAGGACGACGACAACAUUAAUCCAGCCGCUCAGCAACCUCACUCUAGAGGGCAGAAAAAGAGGAGGCCAGCAUCCGAUGCACUCCUGGCUCUACUCAGAGAGGAGAUCGCCUAUCAGCGGCAAGCUGAGGCCAGAAGCCAGGAGUGGAGGGAGGGAAUGCUGGCCUUAUUUGAAAGAAUGGUGGAUUUGAUUUCUAUUUAUGUUACUAUUAUAUUCACGCUUAUUUAA